AUGUUAGAAAUGAAAACUGACCUACUGAAUGAUUUCUUAACAUCAGCAAAGAGUUCUUCAACUCUACAACCAAAAAUCUUACCAGAAACAACUGACAAAGCUAUAUUGCAUGGGCAACAGCAGCCCUGUUACGAGCGCGCACAUUUUGAUGUACAGAGUUCUACUAAAGCUAGCAAAUCAAAAAAUCUUGAAAAUGCAUUCGAUGAUCUGCUAACUUCGCAGGGUUUCCAAGCAACAAUAAAAAGUGUGAAGUCUCUAAGUGAAAUGAAACGGGAAGAAGAAAUUAAAGGGAUGGAUCCUGUGAAAGCCAAGGUGAAAGAUUGGACGAACGGUAAAGAAAGAAAUAUUAGAGCUUUGCUGGGGUCUCUAAAUGAUGUUUUGUGGCCGAGUGCGGAAAACUGGGUUCAGCCAAGCAUUGGUGAUCUACUAACUUCUCAAAAUAUCAAAAAAUAUUAUCGCAAAGCAUGUCUGGUUGUACAUCCUGAUAAGCAGGUUGGUACUGAAAAUGAAGCGCUGGCUCGCUCCAUAUUUACAGAAUUAAAUGAUGCUUGGACGUGUUUCGAAAAUGCUGGUUCGAUGUCUAUGUAA